CGUUCUGACGCUGCCCCGUCGCUGGCUGAGUUGGCGAGGGAGGUGCGGCAGCCACACGACGCUUCGCUUACGGCUACCCCCCCCCUCCGCUGAGCCCCCCGGGGCACCGCCCUCAUGGCGGCGAGCGCCGCGGGCGUGCCGGACGCCCUCCGCGAGACCGCGCCCGGGCGGCCGGCGAGCGGCGGCGUGGAGAGGACCUUGCUGCUGGAGGCGGCCGCGAGCCUCGCCAAGGCCCAAGAGGCCCAGGCCAGGCUCGCCGGGGCGCUGGACGCCCUGCUCCACGAGGGCUCCGCCCCAGACUUCCAGGAUGCCCAGAACGGCUCCGAUGUGCAGAGCCCACGGCCGGAUGCCAGCGUGGAGUCCGAAGUCUUGGUGGCCGCGAAGGCGACGAUGGCCUCGGGCAUCAAGGACGUGAUUAAUCACGACGAGCAGCCCUUUGCUGGUAGCCUGGCAUCUGGCGCCUGGCCAGCUUCGUUGCAGAUCAGAUGGGACGAGAGCAUGAAACCAGCCUGUGUCGACUUGCGCGGGGCCUCCAGUACCACACAGCUCCUUGAGAGAAUGGGCCGGUCCCGGCAGGCGGAGACGCCCCCGCUGGAUGCGGCAUCGCACGCCCGUUUCUCCAUGCAACGGUUUGUCAUUCUCCACACUUCCCGCACGUACAUGUUGUACGGAUGGGUGAGUUGCUUUCUUCUCUUAUUUGAUGUUGUGGUCGUUCCGUGGAUGAUUGCUUGGGACGUGCCUCUGCUUGGUUUCCAGAGGGACAUGGCCUGGGUAACGACGUUGUUUUGGACUGCCGACAUCUGUGCCAGCUUCAUCACCACCUUUCACCAGAACGAGAACGAUGAGCUGAUCGACCACAUUCCUACCAUAGCAAAGCGCUACCUGCGCUCAUAUUUUGUCAUCGAUGUGAUCAUCAUCACUGGCGACUGGGUGUCCUUGUUCCUCUCAAAGUCAGCUGGGUGGAGGGUGGCCCGCCUCGCAAAGAUUGGCCGGUUGUUGCGACUUGUGGUGCUAAUCCGCGUGCUAAAAGCCCCUGCCAUCGUGAAGAAAUUGGGGGAGAGAUUGUCGGACUACUCAAAGCUCGCGCUUCGUUUUGCAAAUAUGUUCGUGAUCACCGUUUCUUGUACACAUAUUAUAUCUUGCGCGUGGUUUUUCAUUGGGAGGUCGGUGCCGUCGGACACGGGUAUGAGUUGGAUUCGCACGUCUGAUUAUUUAACAGUAGCCGAAGAGAGCAUGUGGUAUCAGUACACCACUUCUUUCCACUGGGCAAUGGCUCAACUUUGCUUAGGCUCAAACGAGGUGGUGUGCACUACAAGUGUCGAGAGGAUGUUCUCUGUCAUGUGCAUGGUGGUCGGACUCUUGUUCGGCAGCACCCUCGUCUCAACGCUUUCCACAGCGAUGUUCCAGGUCCAAAUGGAUCAUCGUGACAACCACGUGAAGCUGAAGCAGAUGAAGACGUACCUGCACGAGAACCAGAUCGACUCGAGUUUUGCGGCAGAUGUGCAGACGCAGUUGCGAGCGCGGUUAGUCGCAAAGGACAGGGUCAAGGAAGGGGACGUUUACGGCUUGAAGCUUCUGUCUUCAGCUAUGCAGGCAAAAUUGAGGUACGAAGUGUUCGUGCCGCGUAUUGAGCACCAUUCAUUGUUCAAUGUAUGGGUCAGCGUAGACCGGACGUCCGCAGAGCAUUUCAUCAUCAGUCACAUGAAAUCUGUCCACCUCAUGCGGAAGGACGACCUCUUCUCUUCAGGCAAGAGAGCGGAUUGCGCCUACGUGCUGGUCACUGGUGGUUUGAAUUACACACAGUAUCCCGAACACGCUCUCGUCGACGACAUAAAAGAGGAGGACGUGAAGAGGGGCGGCCUAAUAUCCGAAGCGACCCUCUGGUGUCACUGGUUUCAUGUAGGCACCUCGCAGGCCACGCAGUUCUGCGACGUCGCGGAGGUGCGGGCCACGGGGCUGCAGGACGCUGCCAGGCGAAGCGAGGCGAUUUUUGAGCUUUGCAGGGAGUACUGCGAGCAGUUUCACCGGCGGCUGCAGGCAGCAGGGCCGCCGACGAUGCCUUGGCCCGACGACCUCCAGGUGCCCCUGACGGAGUGGGGCGACAUGGUGUCUUCCAUGAGCGGAGAGACGAAGAGUCUCAUCGGCCUGGACGCCAUUCACAAGGCUGGUCUCGGGACGUGGAGCAGGUAUAACUCGCUCGCGGGCACGCUCACCACGGAGAUCCUGAGUGGCGCCUCCAUCGUGGUGCUGGAGGCGAACUGCGAGCUGCGGCGCAUCGUGUCUCUCGUGGCGCUUCGGAUCCGCAACAGGCAGGGGCAGCUGCUGAUCGAGCUGGGCAGGAGCAGGUCGGGGACGAUGACUACGGAGUGCCGGCUGCCGGGAGGGAAGCAGCACCAGGGCGAGCUCGUCAUGGACAGUUUGCAUCGGCUGUUGGAGACGAAGAUGGCUUCGAUCGCCAGCAAUCUGGAAACCGUCAGGGUCGAUCGAGAGGUCGAGACGAAGCAGUCGGAGGAGUACCACAUUCGGACCAAAUACUUCCGCAACGUGGUGCACAUGUCAUACACGUCCGGACUGGCCUCGAUGCCAUCCGAAGGUUCCAUCGAUACUAUGUCUCCUGUAGCACUGCGUGACCUGAGCUCCUCAGGGAGUAUCUCUCCUAAAGUUCUGCAACACCGGAGUAUUCGACACCGGACUAUUGCUGCCGCUGGCAUUCUCAUCCCGCAGGCAUCUCGUGAUGGUCAUCUUCCGUCGUGGGCGCCCGUCGUUAUGAAGAGCGACAAAAAUGAGGACGCCGUGUAUGCAUGGCUGACAGAAGUGGAGUUCAGGAAUUUGCAGCGCCCAGGCUCGAAAGAGCUGAUAUCACGCUGGCUUAACGCAGCGAUGGCGAGACUCCAUGAAGCGAACAUUUAUCACUACGCAGAGGAUCAGCAGGUGAUUUGAGUGCGAUUCUGGGAGCUCAGAGGUGGGCUCCUCACGAUUGCAUCGGGGCCCUUCGGCGGGAGUCGGUGCCCGCCUCGGAGGUUCGCUGCCGGGCCCAGCAGCCCGCGGGAGCUCAGCAGGCGGUCUUCCGCUACGUGGCUUUUGUUCAGUGGUCCUGUCCUGAGAAGCCCCGUUGACUAUACACAUGUUAAGCGCCUGUUGGCGCGAGCCCGCGAGCGCGGUGGUUGACUAGCAUGAUGCUGCCAAUCUGGGCAGAGGGCUACAGUUCUCUGCCCACAUAGGCAUUUGCCAUUGCCCCCCCCUGCUCCGCACAGGUAUCUUCGUCUUCCUUCGCAGGCCUAGGGGCUGACACCAACACCAAGAUCGGCGGUGUGCCUCCACCAAGGGAAGACGAUCCCGAUCUCGGUGAUGGUGGCAAUAUGCUGGC